AUGGAGGACACCCAGAUUAUUGACUGGGACAUUGAAGAAGAGGAGGAGACAGAGAGAGUCAACGAAUUCGUGGGGUACAACUUGGAGCCCCUAGGGCAACUGCGUGUCUUCAGCGGUACACAUGGACCAGAAAAAGAUUUCCCGCUCUACCUUGGGGAGAAUGUGGUAGGCCGAAUGCCCAACUGCUCUGUGACCCUGCCCUUUCCAUCCAUCUCCAAGCAACAUGCAGUGAUUGAGGUCUUGGCCUGGAACAAGGCACCUAUUCUCCGGGACUGUGGGAGCCUCAAUGGUACUCAAACCCUGAGACCUCCUAAAGUCCUGAGCCCUGGGAUGACUCAUCGUCUCAGGGACCAGGAGUUGAUUCUCUUUGCUGACUUGCCCUGCCAGUAUCAUCGCCUGGAUGUCUCCUUGCCUUUAGCCUCCCGGGGCCCUCUAACUAUAGAGGAGACACCCAGAGUUCAGGGAGGAACGCGAGCCCAGGGACUUUUGCUGGCUGAGGACUCAGAGGAGGAAGUGGAUUGUCUUUCGGAAAGAUGUGUGGUGAAAGCUUCAAGAAUCAUGUCCACCCCUAGAGCAACAGUGGUCCCGGAGAGUGACGAAGAGGGGGCUUCCUCGGCCCCAGAUGGCCCUGGGGUAUCCUUUGCUUUCAAUUUAGACAGUGACACAGAUGACGAAGGUCAGCAGCCAGCAUCAAGGAAGGCCUCCUCCUCAGCUUCCAGAAGAGGCGCCCCUGCAAAAGCAAAGCGGCCUGGCACUGAUGGAGUUGCAAUUGAGCUCCGGCUUAAAAAGGAUCAGCCUUCAGCAAAGAGGAGGGACAGUGACACAAAGGUUGAAAGGGGUCCCAACAAAGUGGUGGGUCCAAUCAGAGUGAUUCCACAGAGAAGUCACCCUGUUAGGGAGGACAGUGACACAGAUGUAGAUGAAAGGGGCCAGCCUUCCACCUUCAUGGACAGUGAUACCGAUAUGGAAGAAGAGGAGAUCCCGGCAACCCCAGCUAUAGUUCCAAUGAAGAAGAAUCAAAUCCUCCACAGAGUUGGUAGGCAGGGCCCUGGGAUGCCUGCCUUGGCAUGUCUACAAAAGAGCCGGGCUGGUGCUGAUGCAGUGGUGGAGCAGGGUGAGGCCCCACUGGCUGUCCAUGUGGAGAGAAACCCACUGUUCAUGGUGCUCAACAGUGAUACAGAUGAUGAGGAAGAAGUCUCAGCAGCACUCACCUUGGCCUGUCUGAAAGAGAGCCGCACUAGGAGAAACCACAGAGUUAUAGAUGUGGAAGAGGGCAGUGACACAGAUGCGGAAGAGGAGAGACACCCAGUGGGAAAGAGUCAAACUAUUCCCAAAGUUGACACAGACAAGGAGAGAACCCUUGUUACUACAUGUUCAGGAAAGAGCCAGCCUCCUCAGAGGGCUGGCUAUACAGAUGCAAAGGAAGAAAAGGGCUCAUCUGGGGCCUCCCUGGGAAGAAGGCAAGCCUCCACCACAGUGGACAGCAACACAGAAACUGAGGAGGAAAUCCCAUUACAGCCAGCUGUUACACAUCUGGAGAAGCAUCAGGUACCUGUGGAGAUAAACCAAACAGUUAUGGAAGCAGAAGGGAGCCUCACAAAGCUGCCUGUGGGGCACCAAGAGAAAGCCCAGGACUGUGAAACAGAUGAGGAGGAGAGCCUGGCCUUCAGGGCCUCAGCAUUGGCAGUUGUAAGAAAGAGCCAGCUUCCAGCAGAAGGGAAUCCUAGGGUGGAGUGGGCUACAGCUGUUCUCAAGUGGGAGAGAGCCCUUGAAGCAGGGGCCCAGGGUGGGUCACCUGUGGUACAAGUGGAGCAGGACCUUCUCCCUGUCUCAAGGAAGAACCUAACAGAUCUGGUAGUGGACAUAGGCACUCCAGGCACCCAGCGACAUAGAGAGCGAGUCCAGACCCCCACAGAAAGACAGCAAGCACCGCAUGUAGACAGAACCAAGGACUCUAAAGACAGAAAUGAUGAUUCUGAAGAUCUAGACCUGCAAGCUACCCAGUGCUUUGUGGAGAAAGAGAACACAAGCCUUGAAGCAACCAAGAGCAUGGAGGAAGUAUCCACUCAGGCCUUCCCGUUUACUCCACCUCGAGAAGAACCUGGCCCUUCCCGUUGCAGCUUCCAGACCCCAGGUACUCUGGAUGAACCUUGGGAGGUCUUGGCUACACAGCCAUUCUGUCCAAGAGAGUCAGAGGCCUCUGAGACCCAGCACAUUGCUGCCCAUCUUGAGGCCCAUGGAACUUGUCCCUCUCCACCCAGGGCAACUUUACAAAACCAACAUCCAGAGAGUCCAAUUCAUACAGAGUCAUCAGGGAUGCAGGCUGAGGAGAAAGGCCUGGAAAGAGAGAUACCAGGAAGGGUGACCCCUGAGAAAGAGCCCUUAGAGAGGGAAACCAAGGAGCUGCCAACAGCAGCAGAGAGAGAAGAUGGGAUCGGAGAAGAAGAAUUAACCAGGGGGCUGCAGAACAGGGAACAAAAACCGGUGUUAGCUAGAGAACCUCAGAGCCUAGAAUCUGAUACAAAGCUGAAAAGUGUAAAUACCGAAAGGGAUAUGAAGAGCUUGGAGGUAGAAUUGGAGACAUCCAAGGAAAUACAAAAGAAAGAAAUAGAGAAGCAGGCCCUUGUAAGAGAAAUCUGUGACGGAGAAACAGAGGGACCCGCACCAGAGAGAGCGAGUGAACUAGCAGGGUUAGAAGUGAAAGUAUCCAAAGAGAUGUUUGAGGACGCAGGCACACAGAAAAGGGAGAACAAGGGUGGGAGCCAGGACCAGGAAGAGCAGACCUCCCUUUCAACACCAGAGCCUAGAAUGGGGGCGGGAGCUCUUCAAGGACUGGAUUCCGCCCCAGUAGCUUCUGGCAGCCAGGCAGGUAGAGGAAGGGUAACCCCAAUGAACCCCAGAAGGCAGCAGAGAGGCGGCUUGAAUUGCAAGAUGCCAUCUACUGGGAAGGCUUCCAGGGUAAGACCUGCUUUCAUCACCUCCCAGGGUGAUCAGGAAUCCCCAGAUGCUUUGCUGCCUCCAUCAAUGAGGGAAGCCUCAACCACACUCCAGAAACCCCUUAUUGCUCAGAACCAAAAACAUCCUGCCCCUCGGCCCUUACUUUCCCCGUCUCUGCCUUCUUUAGAGGUGCCUAUUCCCAGAACCAGGCAGAAAGGAGGGAGCUCAAGAGCUCUAGAGGCUCCUUCGUCCUCAGCGCUGGAGCCUCACUACACACAAUCUAAAGUCAGACCCCGAAGAGUCUCUCUGGUGACACCCUCUUCAGUUUCCUCUAUUGCCCUUGAGUCCUACCCUCCCAACUCCACAGACCAAACUGUCACCCCCAAUCCCACAUCUCAUGUUACUCAAGGCAGGACACGUAGGACCUCUGUCAGAACACCUGAACCAGUUGAGCCCAUGACCCCUGAACUCCAGCCUUCCACUUUAACAGACCCGCCUGUUGUUACACCCAAGCCCACAUCUCGGGCCACUCGAGGCAGGACACAUAGGUCCUCUGUCAGGACCACUGAAUCAGUGGAGCCCACAGCCACUGAGCUCCAGCCUUCCACUUCAAUAGACCAGGCUGUCACUCCUAAGCCCACAUCUCGGGCCACUCGGGGCAGGACACAUAGGUCCUCUGUCAAAACUCCUGAACCAGUAGAACCCACAGCUUCUGAGAUUCAACCUUCCACCUCCACAGAUCAGCCUGUCACCCCUGAGGCCACAUCUCAGGCCACUCGGGGCAGAAUACGUAGGUCUGCUGUCAGGACUCAGGAACCUAUUGAACCUAUAGCCCCUGAGCUCCAGUCUUCCACCUCCACAGACCAGCCUGCCCCCUGCAAGCCCACUCGGGACAAAACACAUAGGUCUUCUAUCAAGACCCCUGAGUCAGUUACACCCACGGCCCCUGAGCUCCAGCCUUCUACUUCCACAGACCAGUUUGUCAUCCCUAAGCCCACAUCUCAGGCCACUCAGGGCAGGACACGCAGGUCCUCUGUCAAGACCCCUGAACCAGUUAAGCCCACAGCCCCUGAUAAUGCGCCUCCCAUCACCACAGACCAACAUGUCACCCCUGAGCCCAUAGCUCAGUGUGAUCACAGAAAGACCGUAAAGUCUUCCACAGUGAAUGCUGUACAAACUCCUACAACCCUUGAAUUCCAGUGUCCUGCCCCUACAGACCAGCUUAUUCCUUCUGAGCCCAUCUCUCAAGCCAGAUGCAACAGGAGACAGAGGACCACUAGGAAGCAAGAGUCCCUCACAGCUCCCAUUAUCCAUGAACCCUGCUCCACACUCCCUGAACGUAAAUCCCAGUCCUCAAGGAGCCAAAGACAAGGAGCAGUGAGAGCAGCUGAGUCCCUUAAGGCUGUUCCUGAGCCUUCUUGUUCACAGCUUCUAGAGGCACCCAGUCAGGCUCCCCAGAUCCAAACCCUGGAGGCAGCAAGUAGAUCUGGGUUUACCCCAGAGCCCCAGCCUAAGCCCUCUCAAAGCCGCAAAAGGACUUCAACCACCAAGGAUUCACCUCCACCUAAAAAACAGCCCCAAAGAGAAGAAGUGCCCCAGAAGAUAGAGUUCCUUAAGGAAGAACAAGAAGAUACUGCAGAGAAGCCAGGAAAGAAAGAGAAUGUAGUGAUUCCAGGACCAGGCAAAAGAAAGAGAGACCAGACAGAGGAGCCCAAGGAAACACAGAGUCGAAAUCUCCGCCGAUCCAAACCUAACCAAGAGUUAACAGUCCCCAAAGUCCUCUUCACAGGAAUAGUGGAUGCCCGUGGAGAGCGGGCUGUGCUGGCUCUGGGCGGAAGUCUGGCCAACUCAGUAACAGAAGCUUCACAUUUGGUCACUGAUCGAAUUCGCCGGACUGUCAAGUUCCUGUGUGCCCUGGGCCGGGGGAUCCCAAUUGUCUCCUUGGACUGGCUGCACCAGUCCCGAAGGGCUGGUUGCUUCUUGCCCCCGGAUGAGUAUGUGGUGACUGAUCCUGAACACGAGAAAAACUUUGGCUUCAGCCUUCGGGAGUCUCUGAGCCGGGCACAGAAGCGAAAGCUGCUGGAGGGCUAUGAGAUUCAUGUGACCCCUGGAGUCCAGCCACCGCCACCUCAGAUGGGAGAGAUCAUCAACUGCUGUGGUGGCACUGUCCUGCCCAAUAUGCCCCGGUCCUAUAAGCCUCAGAGAGUUGUGAUCACUUGCUCCCAGGAUUUCCCUCGAUGUUCCAUUCCCUGUCGGAUUGGAUUACCCCUCCUCUCACCGGAGUUCCUACUAACAGGAGUGCUGAAGCAGGAAGCCAGCCCAGAGGCCUUCAUUCUCUCCACUUCGGAAAUGUCAUCCACAUGA